UCAGCACUGUCUAGUCCAGCUUGUCAACAACACUGCAACCUGAGACGGGGUAGCCGGCCAGCCAGUUGGCUAGCUAAGUAAACCAGCUAAGUUAGCUGCUCCGCUAGCCCCUAUAUUAACCAACUGUCACGACUCGUAAUUAUUCUGCUAAGUUGGCUAAAUGUAUCGUGUUUGAAGUUGUUUCGACAAGAGAAGAGGCAAAACUGACUUUCCCGUCCGGCUCCUUCAAGUCCUUCCUCCUUUAUGAUAUGACAUCGCUGCUUGGUUUCAACAAAAGUCAGAGCUCCACGGCAGAGGGUUGACAUCUGGUCAGGUGCCGUUGAACAAGAUGGCUGCUCAGGUGGAGGUUCAGACUGGGGAGGUGGGGAGGACGGUGGCGGGAGGACGACUUCACCUGAGUCCCCUGACUGACUCCAGCAAUAAGAGCCCCAUCGAGAUCCCUUCCAUCAACCAGUCCCAUAUCAUCACUCCAGAGCCAAACAAACCUGUCCCAGGACCAAAGCCACGGCUCACUCCUAAACCUUUUGCUGUGGAUAAAAACCCCACCAUUAAGCCCAUACUUGCCCCUAAGCCCCAAACCAAGCCCCGGCCAGAGUCCACACGCCUUGCUGGAUACAAACCAGAGCUUCCAAGCAGUCCAAAACCACAGCAACCAGUUGCCACUCUUAAACCCAGGCCAGUGUCAACCAAUCCCAAUCGUCCUUCCCCAACCUCCUUUAAAACUUCUAAUAAGUUGAACACGGGACAAACAACCAAGCCAGUAGUACAGCCAUUUAAACCAGCCCCUCCGCUUGACCCUGGAGACCCCAGCAAACCCACUCCUCCUGUGCCAGCAGAGAGGCAGAAACCUGGUGCAUCAAGCUUGGGCUAUUCCAAGAGCCUUAAAAAAGCCCCAGCUGCAGAGUGGUCUGGAACUACUAAAAAGGAAGAUGACAAGGACAAAAUGACAUCCAGCACAGGUGGGGCCUCCAUUACCAGAGCAAAGUCCAUGGGUUUUCUUUUAGAGGUGGGGCAGGAGGAAGAAGAAAAGGAAAAAGCUAAGCCUGAGACAGCUGUGCCACUGCGACCCCAGCCCAGAGGCUCUAGGCCUAGACCUGUAUCAGCCAUUUUCCUUGACAGCCCAACUAAGACAGAGGCACCAGUUCCUGCCCCUCGCUGGGUCGCGAGACGGCCGCUUUCAGCUGAUCUCACAUCCAAGUUUGAGUCUAUCGGUCUUUCACUGCACUAUAAAAGUCCUAAAACAAACAGUAAGGAGAACACUCCAGAGGACAUGCCAUUGCCACAGAAGAAAGAACAAGAGAAAACCCCUAAGAGUACUACAUCACAAAGUACAGAUGGUGUAACUGAGCGUGCCCUGUCAGACCAAAGCAACAAAAAGACAGAGGAAAUGACUGCGAAAGAGAUUGAUGAGGAUAAGCGUGGGGUUAGCAUCAAGUCACGAAUCAGUCUUCUCCUGGAUUCGUCCUCCACUCCUGGGACUGUUGCCCCAGGCCAAGGAUCAGAUCUUCACUCUCCGGUGCAGCUGGUCCCUGAAAAUGAACCAGCAGUUGAUGUUAAACAGCUCAUCAAGCAGCUGACAGAGGACACACCACCAACUCAGAGUCCCGUCAUGAAACCAGCACUCAAGCCCCGCCCCUUGCCCCUGGACCUGACAAAAAGGUUUUCAUCCGAGAGGUCACCCGACCUUGGCAGUGUUUCCCUCAUUGAGACAACAGACCACCAUGAGAUCAGCAAAGAUCCUCAGAGGAGGAAUGAAGAGUUAGCUCUUACCCCCAGUGACCACCGGACAUUUGUGGAUUUAAAAGAUUCCCAAGAGCAGCUCCAAAAGGCCUCCACCCCUGAAGGGCCUGAGGGAGGGCAGACAUUUGGCGCCACUACCAAGGAAAGUUGUGCCAGUGGUGAAGUACAGACAGUGCGAGCAUCUUUGUUUGAAAAUGUUGUGGAGAGGCACAGUGUGCUGAUGGUGGAUGAGGCCAAGCCUGUAAACAAGCCCAAGGAUUCGCUCAGCAGCCCAUCAGUUAAGAGAGGAAAUAGCGAGGAUGAGGGAACUCUGGUCACUGCCACCUACAAAGAACCUUUAUCUCCAUCCAGUCCCAUGCGGGUGUUACAUGCCUUUGACACAGUGCAGGCAAUCGAAGAGAACAGGGCAGUGAGUGAGAACGUCCCAUCAGCUCAGUGGGAAGAUAAGGCCAUGACACUACGCUCCAGGCGCUCAGAAGGGAGCAGGCCGGUGGCAGAAAGGACUGGUUCAGCACAAGCAGAACCAGCUUUGGUGGCACCAGAACAGCAGCCACGAUAUCUGAGAGUUGGAGCUUUGCAGAAGUGGAACAAUACAGGCAUUGACCAAGAUGCAGGUGUGGAGAAAGGGAUGCUAAAGGAGCCACAAAGGGAAGGACAGGUGGCUGUAGAUGAAGACAGGCAAAGAGAGCAAGAGCAGGAGGAAGUGGCUGCAGCACCUAAACGUUUGAAAAUGCUGCAGCCAGAAGACCAGCAGAAACCAAGGGCAACCUACUUUGCUUUGACCGGACAAAUACAAGAGCCAUCCUCUCCUGUAGAUGCAGGAGCAAAUAUGAGGGACAUGACUGUGCCCUUUGAUAAUUUUACUGUAAGGUCUGCACUGGGAGGCUCCCAAGGGAAGAUUCUUCCAGUUAGGAGGAAUCCAUCAUUGGAGGAAGCUUUUGGAAAAACUUCUCAAGAUCAAAUUGAGGAGCUGAUGAUGGGGAGCCACAUGCCACACAGGGAGAUUAGCUCAGCGUUGGAUGGACAGGCGACAGAGGAAAUGAUGGAGGUUGAAAAGAAAAAAGAACUUAGAAAGGAGACAGAAAAACACAAAGCAAAAAUAAAAGAGCUUGAAAAACAAAGACAGCUUGAAAUGGAAAAAGCACAUUUAGAAUUUGCACGAAUGAAGGAGAGAGAUUUGCAAAGAGAAUUUGAAAGGCAAAGACAGAUAGCCUUUGACAAGGAGAAACAAGAGUUUGAGAAGAAACAACGUGCACUGGAAAGGCAGAAACAAAUAGAACUCGAAAAACAGAAACAGCAUGAAUUGGAGAGAGAGAAACAAAGAGAACUGGAAAGAGAAAAGCAACGGCAACUUGAGAAAGAAAAACGACGAGAAUUGGAUAGACAGAGAGAGAUUGAAAGAGCGCAAGUGCGAGAGCAGGAAAAGGAGAGAGAGCGUGAACAGGAGAGGCAAAGACAAAGGGAGGAAGAGAGGCAGAGAGAGCUGGACAAGGAGAGACAGCUGCUGGAAAUCCAAAAGGAGAAACGGAAAAUGGAGGCAUUGGAAAGGAUUAAAGAGUUAGAGAGACAGCAGCUCUUAGAGUUUCAAAAACAGAAACAGAGAGAAAUGGAGAGGCAGCAGAUAAUUGAGCUGGAGAAGCAGAGACUUAGAGAGAAGAUGGAGAGAGAGGAGGCUGAGAAAAUAAAACAGAUGGCACUAGAACAUGAAAUGUUAAGACUAAAAGAGAUUGACAGGGAAAGGGAAAGACAAAAGGAGAUGGAGAAGGAGCUUCAGAAAGAGAUGGAGAGGGAAAAGCAGAGAGAGCUGGAGAGACAGAGACAACUAGAUAUCGAGAGACAGGAAUUAGAAAACCAGAGGCUGAGACAACGAGAACUUGAGAAGGAAAGGCAGAGGAAGGAGGAGAUGGAGCGAAGACGGCUCUUGGAGCUUGAAAAGCAAAGGCAAGCAGAGAGACAGCAAAUUUUGGAGUUUGAGAAACGCAGACUGAGUGAGAAGAUUGAAAGAGAGGAGGCAGAGAAAAUGAGACAAAUAGCCAAACAGCAAGAAGCAGAGAGGCAGCGACUAAAAGAGAAGCAGGAGAGGGCGAGGUUGGAGGCAUCAUCUCUUAGGCCUAAAGUGGUGGAUCUGGACUCUGUGCUCAGAAAUGACCCAUUUCCCAAGGCUGCUUCUCAGCGCAGUGACCCCGCAACACGAUGGAAGGAGCCGUCUCUGAGAGCUGAAGAGUCUUACAAACCUGCCAUCCUUGACAUUGACGCUUUCUCAUCCCAAACCCAGCUCUCCUCCAGUAAAGACUUGUUUCCUGUUCCUAGUAUUCAGGGAGUAGACACUGGGUUUGGAGCUAGGUCACAGUCUACACCCGAGAGAGAUAUUAGCUGGAAGGUGCCACCACAGUCUUCAGUAGGUUUCUCAAGCCCAGUAUGGACAACAUCUCCUCAGGACCCGUGGGAGCUGCGGCCUGUUGAGAUGUCUGUGGACACCGCUGUAGCUGAACCCAGAAAACAUUCCAACAAAGUCAGUCCAGAGCAACUCCUCCUCAGGCAGGAGGAACGGUUCCUGGCUCCACAGGGGCGCUGGUCUGCCCUGCUGGACGAGCCACUUCACUUGGCCCCUUUUCCCGGCACAGAAUCCAAAGCUGGUGGCUCUCCUGGUGGAGUCUCCAGCAUCACUCCUGCAGAGCCAAUCUGGUUCCCCAGAGAGCCACAGCCUCCGGAAAGCAGGAUAGAGGCCCGAAGCCACAGGCGAUCACAGGGAUCCCAGGAGUUGAACAGGAUGCGGUCUCGCAGUGUGUCACGGCGAUCAACUCCUUCAAGCAGUGCUGUGGAGGGCAGCCUUUCCAGGAUGCGGAGUCGCAGCGCCCACAGAGAGCGGGACCGCCACAGCUGGGUGCAGCAGAAACAAAGUGUCAGUGGUGAAGAGGAGGGGAAUGAUUCAGAAACUCCGGUCCGUGAGACUGACAGUCAGUACGGGACCUGGGAGACAGGACUGCGCACUGAUGACAGCCUCACUCCUGCCACUCCCAGCUCAGAGAGCAACAUCAGCCCUUCACCAAGGAAGAAAACUCCCCCAUACACGCCAGGUGAUCGUGCUUCACAGUUUGAAACUGACACUCUGGACGGCCUCGUUUCCCCAUCCUCAUCUGACAGCCAGCCACUCUCUUUCCCUGAUGCUCCGACCACUCUGUUAGACACCAGCGCUCUCCGCUCCAGAGCCCAGCUGGGGAAGAAACGAGCGCCACGGUCACGACCCAGCAGAGCCGCCCGUCAGAGUGCUGCGCUGCUAGAGGGAGAGGGAGGAACCACUGAGGACUGGCUUUACCGAGACUCCACAGAGGCAAAGGUUGAGAGUAAAGACGAUGACUCAGACUCUGAGGAGCAGGCCAGAGGAGCUGACGCCCAUCCUGCUGUUGCCUCUCCACCACAGAGGGUCGCCCUGUUCCCUGGGAUGGACCCUUCAGCUUUAAAGGCCCAGCUGAAAAAGAGGGGUGACUCUGACAAUCAAACUGAUGGACCUACUCCCUCUCCCUCCCAGCUUUCUCGCUCACCUAAGUCCCCCUUCCUUCCCCGGGCAGCCCGUGUACUGCCCCCACCUGGUGGGAAAGAAAAUGGUGAGGAGGACUCACCCCAGUGGUUGAAAGAGCUGAAGUCCAAGAAGCGUUUGAGUCAAUAUGAAAGUGAGAGCUAAGGAAAUAAUGAGGUUGCCUUAACAGAUGAAUCUAUGUGAAACAGAAGCCUUAACGUUUGACCCAGAGAGCAGGAGAGGGGAAUCUACAGCUGCUGAUAUAUUUUUUUUUUUCUAUCUGUUUUUUUUUUUUUUUUUUUUUUUUGUUCUCUGCCCAUCUGGGUCGAUAAAUGUGCAUGGUGCCUUUUUUAAAGGAGAGUCAAUGUCUUAUUGAAAAAGAAAAACACAAGCAAGGAGGGAAAAAAACAAACAUCGGGCUGCUCUUCUUUAUCCAAUUCAUGCUUGAACCUGUGGGAGCUCUCCUGCACCAGGAGGGUUUAACAGGGACCAGGAAAAGGGGAGGGGAAAAGUCAGUUCUUGUGGGACCACGAUGCCUCUCUAUCCUGGAUGUGCUUCAUCGUGAGCUGGAGGACAAUCCAGCCAAUCCUCUACAAGAUGUUUGUAUUUAGUUUCCUUACUCGACUGAUAUGUACAACUUGGCUGCGUCUGCGUCGUCCGUGCAUGUGUUAUCUGUGGAGGUCGUUGGUGGGAGUCAAACAAGCAUUGCCAUAGGAUAACAUUUCAGAUGCUAGUAAUCUUUGAACAUAGAGAACAAAUCACCUCUGACUUGAUUGUCAGUGGGAGUGUAUAUCAUGUUAGUAAGUGUAAUCAGGAAAUGUUAUAUUUGUAUUAUCAUUGAUUUAACAAAGACAGAGAGCUAGUUUUGAAAACAACACUCAGAUGCAUCACUACCGUAGAGGCUUUACAGCCUUUUACUUUGAUAUAGACCCUGCAACCUAACAGUGUCCCAGCUCCUGCAUACUGUACUGUAUAUCUUUUGUCUAAGUAUGUUUUGUCUUUGUGGAAGAUCGAUGGGGGACUUUUGGCCAACUACGUUUUGCUUCUGUCAAUCAUGCACACUCCUUUUCAGCACAAAUACAUUCUUCAGUCUUUUAUGAAAACACUACUCAACCUGUCUUCCUUCCUUUAUUAGAAUGAUUGUAGCUGAAAGCAUCCAUCAUAAGCCAUACAUGUCUCCUUCACACACUCCUCGAUCAUGUUUUGACAAUGUUUUUCCAAUGAAUGUGCAAUUUUCCCUCUAUUUUGUCCCCAUUAAUGUGCAUGCACAAUCUUUAUUGUCAAACCAGGCUUUGCUCAGACUGACUGGCUCAGAGUUGGGGGGUUGGUUUACAUGACUCCAGUUGGAGGGAUCUUUCACUCUCUACAUUGUUGAAAUGACUCUCUACCCUCUGUAUAACUCCAAGCAGAUUUGACUGUUUGCACCUGCUUACUAGCUGAACUCCUCAUGUUUGCCAUCCACCCACUCGCUCUGCGCUCCUGUAAAGCACUUUGUCACUUGAUGCACUACAGCACUGACCUCUGCCCCCUCUUGUUGGCCAUGUUUUGUCUCCUGUAUUGUUGGAGUGCUCAUGCAAUGCAAGUGAAUGUGUUGAUCGAGUCUUUGGAGUGAUUGUCCCUGGUUUCUAUGUACAUGGAUGUUUUACUUUGUCAUAAAAUUUGAGGGUUUAUUUUUAUGUCCUUCCUUGUCCUUUUUUUAUUUGAAAGUAAAGAUGUAUAUUGCACUGUGUUGUACUGGCCAGUGUCCUAAAGCGAAUAAAUUCUUAAUAAAAUUUACUUGACUUUAGCUACA